AAAAUCUCUCCUGUGUUUGUGCCUGUUGAUUUGACCAUGCAGCAUGUAUGUAAGACACCUGUACUAGCUGAGUUGAGUCCCCAAGAAUUUUGGGAGAUGAUAGGGAGAGAUUCAUAUUGGCUCAGGGUCUACUCCAGGCAGACUCGUUGCCCGACUUGAUGCUGUGCUUCUUUGCAAUAAACUCUUCUAUCUGCAAUCAAGUCGGCAUCAAUGAAGAUUUCUUCACUCUUCAUCUAUAAACAACAAAAAAAAGAAAAAAACAAAACCAAAAAUCAAAUUACUUAUAACUUGUGUAAACUUCACAUCAUGGUGGUUAUAGUCAUGUGAAGAAGGAAAACUGAACUUGAGGUGUUACAAUUAUGCAGCGUUAAUCCACUGUCUUAUUAAGAAAAGCAGAGCAAACAUGUGUGUGUGUGUGUGCGUACACGUUUUCAUGGUCUUGUCACAGUAAAGACUCAGCCCACCAUUCAGAGAAUGAAAGAGGCCAGGGACAGGAGCAGCAGCAGCAACACUGGACUUUCUUCACUAAAAAAACUCAUCGUAAGGCAAACAGAUUUCCCAUGAACCUGAUCCACAGGAGGGACAUCCUAAUAAAGCACAGCUUUUGAUAAUGGUUGCCCCAGAGUCAGAACAACCAACAUCAUCUUGUGGCAGCCAGAAGUUUGGACCAAAUCUGUCCUCAUCCCAACACUCUGACAGUCCACGUCAUAUCAGCUCUACCAGUGACCUUCAAACGCUCGACAACAGUUGUCAGAAUGAACCACGGGAGUACACUGAAACAGAUUUUCUGCUCCCUGAUAAACUCUAUGGUCGUUCAAGACUCAGUGAAGCCAUCGCAGCAAAGGAAGCAGUUAGAAGUGAUGCACCAGCAGAGUCUGUCUGUUCAAUGCUGCUGCAGAUUCUGGUCCCAUUCCUGCGGGCGGGGCUCGGGACAGUCUCUGCUGGGAUGUUGCUGGAUGUGGUUCAGAACUGGGACGUAUUUCAGGAAGUCACGGAGAUCUUCAUUCUGGUUCCCGCAGUAUUAGGAAUGAAAGGGAACCUGGAAAUGACUCUGGCCUCCAGACUGUCAACUGCUGUGAAUGCAGGUAAAAUGGAAUCUACCAGAGAAAAGUGGACACUGAUCGUUGGAAACCUAGCGCUUAAACAGCUACAAGCCACAGUGCUGGGAUUUUUUGCCUCCCUCAUGGCCGUUCUCUUAGGCUGGAUGGCAGAUGGAAAGAUGCCUUUCAACCACAUAGUGCUUUUGUGUUCCACCAGUGUUUCUACUGCAUUUCUGGCUUCAUUAGUACAAGGUGUCAUCAUGGUGGCAGUUAUUUUAUGCUCCAAGCGUUUGGGAAUCAACCCUGACAAUGUGGCGACACCCAUGGCUGCCAGUUUUGGGGAUCUCAGCACUCUUGCACUGCUUGCCUGCUUCAGUCACUGGUUCUUCUCUUUUAUAGAUCUCUAUAUUUAUAUGCUGUUCCUGGUGGAUCUGUUUCUUGUGUGUUUGAUCCCUUUAUGGCUGGUCAUCUCCUCCAAACAUCCAACCAGUCAAAUCCUGCUCCGCACUGGUUGGGAACCAGUCAUUACAGCAAUGGUAAUCAGCAGUAUCGGAGGACUGAUACUGGACCUGUCUGUGUCCGAUCCAAACAUGGCAGGAAUAAUAAUCUAUGCUCCUGUCAUAAAUGGUGUUGGAGGAAACCUUGUGUCCAUUCAGUCCAGUCGUCUCUCAACAAGUCUGCAUAUGAAUUUCUCAUCUGGAGAUGUCCCUGACAAUCGCAAAGGCUGCUUCAACCCUUGUUGUACUUUCUUUGGCACAGGGGUGAACCAACGCUCGGCCCAGAUUCUGCUUUUUUUGGUUGUCCCUGGUCAGUUGGUCUUCUUGUACACUAUUCAUCUAAUGAAAGGAGGCCAGACUUUGCCAAGUCCUCUUCUGACUGUGGCCUUCCUAGCUGCUUCUUUGAUUCAGGUCUCUGCUCUGUUGUGUAUAGCUGACUACAUGGUUCACUGUCUUUGGAGGAGAAAUAAGGAUCCUGACAGUUACUCAAUACCUUACCUCACAGCCCUAGGAGAUCUUCUGGGGACUGCUCUCCUUGCUCUCGCCUUUCUUAUACUGUGGUGUAUCGGGGACUCAGGCAGUGUAUAAGAACAAAGAGCUCAGGAUAUGAACUGAAACAUCGUGAGUUCUUCUACAGAGAAGGUAACUUUCUCUGUUAGAUAGGACUGUAAGAUAUGCUAUUGGUUCAUACCUUAGCUUCCUAACACACAAGAGUCAAAUGCGAGAUCUCAAGUUGUAAGGUGUUACUCGCAGCAAGGAGCACAGAACAAUGGUACAUACUGAGGGACUCCUCAGUGCUCAAAGCUUAUAUACAGUUUGCUGGUUACAUAACAUAUCAAUGCUUUCGAUUUUGGUGACCGCCUUUUGACAUUCAAAGAGACAGUUUCAUAUGGUUCUGUGGUUAGUCAGCAAACGUAGUCAGCGUUAUUCGUGCUGCACACAUCCUGUCAUGUUUAACAGUCAGAAUAUUACAGCUUCAUACACAACCUUCUCCAGUACCCUUUUCUUUUAAUACAACAUAACAACAACACUCAAUAAUAGUAUAAAUUGAUAUGGAAACUUAAUAUAAUGAAUACGUUGUAAAGGUUGAAGAAAUGCAUUUACAAAUCUUAACAAUCUUACAUUGUAUCCUCCGUUUCAGUGUCCUGGGGAGGCUGGAACCAAUCUCAGAAGUGGGUGUUCAACUAUGUUUUUUAUGUUUAGAACAGAUAGAUUUCUUUUUCCUUCAUCUUCACAUCACCACUAUCUAAUAAUUAACAUAACUUGCUUUUAGAAAUGUGAAGUAUCAUUUUCUUGUAGCCUCUUCACCUGUGUUGUAAUUGUUUUGUUGUUGAUGAAAAAUUGUGCAAGACACAAAAACUGUGCAGUAUUGCAGCAUGCUGGGGAAGUGGUGGCUUAGUGGUUCAGAGCUUCCAUUGUGCUGUGUAAAGGAGUCAACUUUCCUUAUCUUUCCUUUAAAAUAUGUAAAGUGUGUGGGGUGGUUGGAAGUGGAGGGAGGGGUUGUUGAGAGGUGUGUGUGUGGGAGGGUGGAAGGGGCUCCGGGAAAGAAGCAAUUCAAAACGACCCUGGUCUGAUUUAUGGACACCUAGACCACUGAGGCACAACUGAAAAUGUGUUUAGUGUCAUGGGUACAACAUAAGAAAGAAGAUAAGCAGGGUCUGGGGAGUCAUAAAUUUCAAGGUCUGGGGUGUCACAAACAUGUGGUUAACCAUUCUGCGCUGAUAACCAUUUGUUAAAAAACAAAAAACAAAUCUGUCUGGAGCCCCCAAAAAUUAAAAGCCUUGUAUAAGCCUUAUAUGAAGGCAACACAUCUGUACACUUGCAGCUGUGUUAUACACUGUGUAUAAAAAACCUAUAGUGUGUUGCAUUUAUGAAAUCAAUGAACUGCUGCAGAGAACACAUAAUUUUAUUUCUGCAUCUAACAAAAACAUUUUUAACUUGAAAAAAGACACAUGGUUGAUGCUUACUUUCACAAAAUAUUAGAAUCCACCUCGUAUUUAGGAAAUCAUCUUUUUUUCUUAAAAGGAUACAGGAGGUGUUUGAAUAAAUCCAUUAUGUGUGAACCUUUUACAGCAUCACCCCUAUAAACAAAUUCUCCCCUUGAAUUCCAACUUUUGCGCUCCUCCGAUAACUUCUUUAAAAGAUACUCUGCAUUAUUACGGUCUCGUGGAGGGAGAAAAGGCCGCGAGGGGGAUUGUAAAUGAUGGUGGGGUGACCUAAGGGGUAAGAACAUGUGCUGUUGACGUAGGGGUAGAGAGAAGUCACAUCUACGUAGUGGACGGUUUCUUUGGAACCGGCGCUGGGUCUCAGCUUUAAGGCACUGGUUCUGCCCCCAUAAAGAGCUUUACGAGCGCAGAGGGGUUCUGGAGCAUUAUAAAGCUUGAGAAAUUGUUUCAACUCAGCGCAUGAUUUUUUCAUAUCAUCCCACUCGUGUUCUCUCACCACUGUAACGUGGACCCCGUGUUUGUUUCUUAACUCCAACAGUCUCUCUUCGCUCUCAGCAUGAAGUUGGCCAAAAGUGACACCUCUCA